AUGAAUCUUCUAGGGUUCCUCUCGUGUCUGGUCGCCUUCCUCCCCUUCACCUCUUUAGUCUCCGCCGUGAAGUUAAUUGAGUCGAGGUCCCUCAAUCCUUGCCAGGACAAUUCGAACUUCACAGCCAGUUUAUUCAAAGUCCUCCUUACACCUGAAAAUAAUACCCUCUAUGUGGAGAUUGUUGGCGUUUCGUCAAUUAGCGGCUUCAUAACUGCAGAUGUAGAACUGUUCGCUUAUGGGUACUCUGCACUCAAACAAAGCAUAAAUCCGUGUAAACUUGAGGGCUUAAACUUGAAAGGUCUCUGUCCUAUGCAGACUGGCCCCAUCGAUAACAAGUUUAACAUCCAAAAUCUUUCUCCAGAUUUUCUUAAUAAGGUUCCAACCGUUGCAUACGGAGUCCCCGAUCUCGAUCUUAAAAUUCAGGUAUAUAUCAAUUCAACCAGUACCGGCCGAAGCAUUGCCUGCCUGGAAGCCCGACUUUCCAAUGGCAAUACCGUUUAUCACAAAGCUGUAGGUUGGGUUGUCGCAGCGAUUGCUGGUCUUGGACUGGUUGCUUCUGCUAUAACCUCUGGUUUAGGCCAUGGGAACGCAGCCGCCCAUGUUGCUGCCAAUGCGCUCUCCCUCUUUGGAUUCUUCCAGGCUCAAGCCAUGAUUGGAAUGACCAGUGUCACCCUUCCGCCAAUCGUGCAGUCAUGGACCCAAAACUUUCAGUGGAGCAUGGGUAUUAUCCGUGUUGGUUUUCUGCAAAGGAUUUGCACUUGGUAUCAACGAUCAACUGGCGGCACACCAUCCACGGUCUUGUCAUCACUUUCAACUACAUCCGUUCAAGUUCAAAAGCGAUCCAUCGAUUGGCUCGAAAAAAAUUUGCCCAUUGUACCAACGCAGCUCAUGAAGCGAACAAACAAUGAUAACACUAUUGGUGAAACUGUGAGAAAUUACAUCGUUCGGGGCAUUGAAAGAGUUGGAUUCCGUGCGCACAUCGAAAGGACAAAUAUAUUCAUGACCGGGCUGAUAUUUUUCGUUUUUUUCGUGGCUGUUGUUAUGGGUCUCGUAGCAUUAUUUAAGGGAUUUUGCGAGAUUGCGUCUAAGAAAGGUUGGAUUAAGGGUGAUAAGUUCCAGGACUUCCGAAAUGGGUGGAAAAUUGUUAUGAGGGGCAUCUUGUUCCGACUGGUUCUGAUCGGUUAUCCACAAAUGUGCAUACUCUGCUUGUGGGAAUUCACCCAACGAGAUUCACCUGCUGAAGUUGUCCUCGCCGCGUUUAUGUUACUUGCGAUGAGUGCAUCCUUGGGUUUCGCAGCUUUUACAGUGAUUCGAUUAGUCAAGAAAUCCGUGGAGCUGCACAAAAAUCCCGCAUACGUCCUCUAUUCGGAUCCCUCAGCACUGAACAAGUGGGGUUUCCUCUAUGUUCAGUACAGGGCUACGGCUUAUUACUGGGUUAUCCCUGUUCUGAUCUACAUCUUGGUUAAAAGCAUGUUUGUCGGAUUGGCACAGCCUGCGCCCGUGGUUCAAUCAGUGGCUUUGCUUAUCAUUGAAGCCGCUGUUUUGAUCGCUGUCAGUGUUUUGAGGCCAUGGAUGGACAAGAAAACAAAUAUUUUCAACAUCUCCAUUGCCGCAGUCAACUUUUUCAAUGUGAUCCUACUACUCUUCUUCACACAAGUAUUCAAUCAACCCGGCUUGGUCACUGGUAUUAUGGGAGUUGUACUUUUCGUUGUUAAUGCAGUAUUCGCCCUUAUCCUGCUUGUUCUAGUUCUCAUCUCGUCCGUGUAUGCCAUAGUGUCCAAGAACCCAGAUACACGGUACCAGCCAAUGAGAGAUGACCGCGGAUCUUUCAUCAAGUCCCAGACUCAUUUGACAACGGAGCUGGACGCUCUUGGAGCCACUGCUCGCGGUGAAUCGAAAUCGCUCGAAGACGAUAAUCUCUCCGGUAACUCCUAUGGCCGUCGGCCAGAUUCCCCACCAACCAUCCUACAACGCCAACAGCAUGGCUCUCAACUAGAUCCCUCUUUAGCUUUAUUUCCGACCAACAACCAAUUUAGCAGUGGCCCACCCCCGAUAUAUAACGCACAGCCUCCAGACGGAGGUCCAGCAUACUCACGGGCGCAAAAUAGAUCACCAGUGCCCCGAAGCUUCAAUACGUCACCGUUACCACGAGCCCCUUCGGCGAAUUCGAACCCAGGGCAAUAUAGAAUGCAAAACAACAAUAGCCCAUGGCAGCGUGGUGCAGGAUAUGAGCAGUAG